CGGAGCGAAGAGGUGUCCCAGAGCGAAGAGGUGGUCCCGAGCGAAGAGGUGGCCCAGAGUGAGGAGGUGGCCUGGAGCGAGGAAAUGGCUGCAGCCGGGCUCAGUAUGACUGUCACCCACAGCAAUGAGAAGCACAGUCUUCAAGUUACCCCACGAGAAGGCAAUAGUGAGCCAGUUGUCCAAGAUCUGGCCCAGGUUGUUGAAGAGGCUACAGGAGUUCCACUGCCUUUUCAGAAACUCAUAUUUAAGGGAAAAUCUCUGAAGGAAAUGGAGAUGCCAUUGUCAGCACUUGGAAUACAAAAUGGUUGCCGGGUUAUGUUAAUUGGGAAAAAGAACAGUCCAGAGGAAGAAGCUGAACUAAAGAAGCUGAAAGAUUUGGAGAAAUCUGUGGAGAAGAUAGCUGACCAGCUGGAAGAACUGAAUAAAGACCUUGCUGGAAUCCAGCAGGGUUUUCUGGCCAAGGAUUUGCAAACUGAAGCUCUCUGCAAACUCGAUAGGAGAGUAAAAGCCACGAUCGAGCAGUUUAUGAAGAUCUUGGAGGAGAUUGACACACUAAUUCUGCCAGAAAAUUUCAGAGACAGUAGAAUGAAAAGGAAGGGUUUGGUGAGAAGGAUCCAGGCCUUGCUAGCUGAGCGUGACACAGUGGAGCAGAACGUCUGCCAGGAGACAGCGACUGCAGUCCACAAACUUGGCGCUCGCUGACUGAGGUGAGGCGGAGAAGGCCGUGCCGCGCUGAAGAGCAGCCCCGCCAGCUCUGCCGUCUCUGGAGCAGAAGUUACCUGCCCUCCCCAGGGCUGCCGGGGGCAAUUGGCCCAUUGCCUUUUCCUUCUCUUAAAACCCACUCUCAGUGAACAAGUGUUGUCCGUACAA